AUGAAGAAAGCGCUAGUUGGAUUCGCAGAGCUUACGAAAUUAGCUCGUUGCUCUACAGCCACUGCCAACUCCAUUAUCAAUGUGCAACCGUAUCGACGCUACGCAACACCGCAGCGUAGUUGUCCUGUUGAAGAUCCGUAUGCGAAAUUCAUCGAGCUUGCAUCGAAAACGCAGCCGAAGACUGUUCUGAUAACUGGUGCACUGGGCCAGCUCGGCCGUAGCCUGGCAGCUGCACUGCGGUUCGUUUUCGUAGCUGGUUUGUUCAGUUAA